AUCGUACUUUAUUCACACGCAAACUCUUUCUACGCGGUUAAGUUUAUCCAUCGGCUCUGCUCGUCCGUGUACCGGAAGUACAGUAUGUUGUGUUUGUCUGAGUAGUUCUUCUGUUUGUUUUUCUUCGGCUUGGGUUUUCACUUUUUGUUGGCGCGUUCAGUGCGCCGAAAUGCCGAAACAUUUGCACAAACAGUGCCUAAAAGUUUCGAAAACAACUUUUUACGGGAGAUAUUUCGCGCACCUGUUGUAAAGUUCCCAUCAGAACCCAGUGGUCUCCUCAUGUACAUCGCAAGGCAGAGCUGACACCAUGGCCCACAUAUCCAGUGGCAAUGGGUUUAAGUUUGACAGGCCAGCCUCUCCGGGGGUGGUCCGGCCAAAAGGAAUUGUGGGGAAGGAAGAGGCUUUACGCAUGGAGGUAGAGGCCUUCGAUAAAAUUAAGCGCGAGAAAAGGCACACACUCCCAGUCACAGCCUCUUCUGUUAAUCCCCUUCCCAAUCCAACAGCGCAAACAUCCAGCAGCCGGCCAGAGAAAGACCUUAUUGUAUUCUGCGAAUCAGAAACACAGAAGAAGGAGCAAAAAGACAACUUUGAGGACAUCGAUUUGGAGAACCUGACAAAGGAGGAGCUGGAAAAGCUGCUUCUGGAUGACAGUUUUGGUGCAAACAAAAUGACAAGACCUUCCUCUUUGCUAGGUUGCAAUCUCAGCGCAUCAUAUCCUGGCGGACAUGCCUUCAACCCCUCUUCGUUCCACUGGACACCCACUCCAACGCAUGCACAGACUCCCAUCUUCCCCUCUGCUCCAUUCGCCAAGCCUCCUUGCUCUUUCCAGAAUGGCUUUAGUCCAGCAAUGUCUCCAUUUAUUCCACCGACCCCCUUUCUCUCCUUUACUCCCAUCCAACCACCUGCUGCUCUGGUCUACUCGCAGCCUGCCGUCACCCCAGAGAUGGCCAAGCUGUUUGACAAGAUUGCCAGCACUUCGGAAUACUUGAAGAACGGCAGGUCCUCUAGCAUGGAAACCGAAUCGGCAAGUGUCAAGUCUCUGGAGCCCCUACCUCUGCCCUCAGAACCUCCUAACAUCAGCCGAUUUGAAUGGCUGGACUUGGACCCUCUCAACAAGCGCAAGGAGGUGGAGGUCGAGGAGACACCUGCUGUUUCAAGCUGUCCUUUUAUUGAGGAGUCUGGGAAAGCUAAAGACCCGUGGGAUGCGGUUCUUCAGGAUGAGCAUGAAACUGUAGAUAAUGGCAGUCCCACCGCAGAGGAAAAGAGCAAGGCAACUCAACCCAGAAGAGCAUCCACAGGGGCGGCUGUAACAAAAAGCCAAUCCCUCAGUAUAUCUGCAAACUCAACGAAUCAAAGCACAGGCAAACAGGUCAAUAAGGGAAGCACAAAUGUACUGUCCAAGUACUCUGCCUUACAGGAGAAGGAAGCCCAGAAUCUAGAAGUUGUAGCAUUCUGUGAAGACAUUUCAAAACUGAGGUCAAAGUUCCCACACGAUGACCUGUCUACCAACCCUGGCUAUGUUCUCAGCCCUGUGAUCACGCAGAGGGAUGCAGGAGGGGACAAUGGGGGCAGUGUGAAAGUGUCCAUUGAGAUUUCUGAUUCUCAACAGCCUGUAACGUUUACUUGCGAUGUGACUUCUCCAGUGGACUUGCUCAUAAUGCAGGCUUUGUGUUGGGUUCAUGAUGACCUGAACCAGGUGGACAUCAAUAGCUACGUUCUCAAGGUCUGCGGACAGGAGGAGGUCCUUCAGAAUAAACACAGUCUAGGCAGUCAUGAGUACGUGCAGAACUGCAGGAAGUGGGAAUCAGAGAUCAAACUACAGCUCCUGUUUCUUAGCACAAUGAGAAGAGAUCUGGCCCGAACUGCAGAAGAUGACAUCUCGCCCAUUGAUUUGGAGAAAUACCUUGGUCUAGUGGAGAGGCCAUUUAAAGAGGCAGUCACAAGAGAAGGCCUUGCUGAAUAUCUAGAAGGCUUUCAUAAGCAAGUCAAUCUCUGCCUUCAGAAUGAGAACAACCAAUAUAAAACAGUGGACAAUGUGGUUCAGUCUGUUAAGAAUCUGUGCUGUGCUCUGGAUGAAGUUGAGACACCAGCCAUCACUGAUGCCGUCAAGAGGCUCAAGCGCUCUGUCAACCUUCCUAGAACACGCUCACCAGAGCACUAUGCUGAAUUGCAGGCUGGUGCCACAUCUUCCGGAGGUUCAGCUAAUGGUUACUCUAGCCCUGUAGAGGAGAGUUUAGCAGUGCUCACAGAUGCUGUCUAUGAACUCGCCAAGCUCUACCUUCAGUCUUUCUGCCCGAUUAGCCCUGGUUUCAUGAUAGAAGAGCACAAAGAAGAUGAGAGGGACAGCAAAGAGGCCUCGGGCACCACUGAACACUUACAGUUCACACUGUUUGCCGUUCAUGGCAUUCCUGCUACCUGGGUCAGCAGUUUUGAAAAAUACUACCUGAUGUGUGCCCUGACCCAUAACAACAGGAAUCUCUUCAAACCUGUCCAGUCCAAAAAAGUGGGAACAUACAAGAGUUUCUUCUACCACAUCAAAUGGGAUGAAUUAAUAAACUUCCCUAUUUCAGUGUCGCUGUUACCACUGGAGGCUAUGCUUAGUCUUUCUCUCUAUGGGGUCCUCAGUCAGAAUGCAAACAACUCACCAGAUUCCAACAAGCAACGGAAAGGUCCAGAACUUUUGGGAAAAGUUUCCAUGCCUCUGUUUGACUUCAGGAGGGUUCUGUCCAGAGGCAGUAAACUGCUGAGUUUGUGGACUUCUCCUCAAGCCCUUCAGCCUGGAGCUGCAGGCAAAGGGAGGAAUCCUACAGAAAAGAUCAUACUGCAGGUUGACUUCCCCAGUCCAGCGGUGGACGUGCUCUAUGUUGGUCCUCAGGAGAACGGCUGCCCCAAUCCUCAGUCUCUAGACCCACUUGAUCAAGACGAUCGAAGUGAGAUAGAAAAGCUGUGCGCACGAGCAUCUACUUUCGGACUGUCACGGGCGGACAGACAGCUGCUUUGGGACCAGAGGUACUAUUGUCGGGAAUAUGAAUACAGUUUGCCGAAAAUCCUGGCCAGCGCUCCCAGCUGGGACUGGGGCAGUAUGGGGGAAAUCCACGCACUUCUGCACCACUGGCCUGCUCUGUCACCCGUUUCAGCUCUUGAGCUCCUUGAAUCCAAGUUUGCCGACACAGAGGUGAGGAAAGUGGCUGUGAGCUGGAUCCAGAGCAGCAGUGAUGAUGAGCUGGCUGAUUAUCUCCCCCAGCUAGUGCAGGCAGUGAAGUUCGAGUGUCACCUUAACAAUGCCUUGGUGAAGUUUCUGCUGUCUCGAGCUCUGGGAAAUGUCAACAUUGCACAUUAUCUUUACUGGCUGCUGAGGGAUGCAGUGCAGGACCCGGCGUUUGGUCAGCGUUAUGAGCGGAUCCUCUGUGUGCUGCUGUGUCUGUGUGGGACCGGACUGAGGGCUGAGCUGGAGAAGCAGACCCGACUUGUGCAGCUGCUUGGAGCUCUGGCUGAAAAGGUUCGGCAGGCGAGCAGCUCAACCCGACAGGUGGUUCUCCUCGAGGGUCUAGAGAGGGUUCAGUCUUUCUUCCAGAAGAACAGCUGUCGACUCCCUAUUAGCCCCAGUCUGGUGGCAAAAGAGCUCAAUAUCAAGGUCUGCUCCUUUUUCAAUUCCAACGCUGUACCUCUAAAGAUCGCACUGGUUAACGCAGAUCCGCUGGGAGAUGAGAUUAACGUCAUGUUUAAGGUUGGAGAAGACCUGCGGCAGGACAUGUUGGCACUACAGAUGAUUCGGAUUAUGGAUCGGAUCUGGCUUCAGGAAGGACUCGACCUGCGUAUUGUUAACUUUAAAUGCAUCUCUACUGGGAAAGAUAAAGGCAUGGUGGAGUUGGUACCAUCUUCUGAAACGCUGAGAAAGAUUCAGGUGGAGUAUGGAGUGACGGGUUCCUUCAAGGACAAACCUCUUGCUGAGUGGCUUCGCAAGUAUAACCCUGCUGAGGAUGAGUAUGAGAAGGCGUCUGAGAAUUUUAUCUACACCUGUGCUGGAUGCUGUGUGGCCACUUACAUCCUCGGCAUCUGCGAUCGUCACAACGACAACAUCAUGCUGCGCUCCACUGGCCACAUGUUCCACAUAGACUUCGGGAAGUUCCUGGGUCACGCACAAAUGAUUGGGAGUUUUAAAAGGGACCGAGCACCGUUUGUCUUAACCUCUGACAUGGCUUAUGUCAUCAAUGGAGGCGAAAGACCCACUAGUCGCUUUCAGCUGUUCGUUGACCUUUGCUCGCAAGCCUACAACCUGAUCCGCAAACACUCCAACCUCUUCCUCAACCUGCUAUCUCUGAUGACACAAUCAGGUUUACCCGAGCUGACCGGAGUCCAAGAUUUGAAGUAUGUGUAUGAUGCUCUUCAGCCUCAGACUACAGAUGCAGAGGCUACCAUUUUCUUCACAAGGUUGAUUGAAUCCAGUCUGGGCAGUGUGGCUACAAAGUUUAAUUUCUUUAUCCACAAUCUGGCUCAGUUGCGUUUCUCUGGCCUUCCCUCCAAUGAUGAACCCAUCCUGUCGUUUGCUCCUCGGACAUACACUAUGAAGCAAGACGGCAAGAUUCGGGACGCCUCUGUGUUUUCAUUUCAAAAGAGAUAUAACCCAGACAAGCACUAUACGUAUGUCAUUCGGAUUCUAAGGGAAGGUCAGAGCGAGCCACAGUUUGUUUUCCGCACAUUUGAUGAGUUUCAGGAAUUGCACAACAAAUUGACCAUCCUUUUUCAGUUGUGGAAGCUGCCAGGGUUUCCCAGUAAGAUGGUGCUGGGACGCACACACAUCAAGGAUGUGGCAUCCAAGAGAAAGGUUGAAUUGAAUAGUUAUGUGCACAAUCUGAUGAGGAGUUCAACAGAGGUCGCCCAGUGUGAUCUGAUCUACACCUUCUUCCACCCUAUCGCAAGAGAUGACAAGACUGAAGGGGUUGAUACCCUAUCAAAAACUCCAGACAUGCCUCCAGUGAGUCCCACCACAGGCCGUGUGGAGGGUGAGGUGAAGCUGUCAGUGUCCUACAGAAACAGCACACUUUUCAUCAUGGUCAUGCACAUUAAAGACCUGAUGUCCAAUGACGGAGCAGACCCAAACCCUUAUGUGAAAACAUACCUUCUCCCAGACCCCCACAAAACUUCCAAACGCAAAACAAAGAUUGCGAGGAAGACAAGGAACCCAACAUUUAAUGAAAUGCUGGUGUAUAGCGGUUACAGUAAGGAAACACUGAAGCAAAGGGAACUUCAACUCAGUGUGCUCAGUGCCGAGUCUCUGCGAGAGAACUGCUAUUUGGGAGGAAUAACCCUCUGCCUUAAAGACUUUGACCUCAGCCGAGAGACAGUCAAGUGGUACAAACUCACCACGGUGCCCUACUUCUAGAUCCGGCCAUCCCUCUACACCAGUCUGCCCUGAAAAGGUGACAUUACUGCAACAAGUGCCCUUAAAGGACCACUCGCAUACCCUCAUAACCCCCUUCUCUUUCUCUAUCUUUUUCUAUGACACUAAUCAAGGCUGAGUCCUUGUUGAAAGAAUCAAUCCACAUAACUAUGUGUGUGUUUAAAAUCGACAUUCGUGUUCUGUACAUUUGGACCAAACGGCUCACUUAAAGAAGAGUUUAUAUUAUUAUAAUUAUUCUAUUAUUAUAUAAGAUAUAUAUAGAGAGACUGACGCUUGUAUUUUUAAAACUGCUCAUUUUUACACUUUCUACAGAUGCAUUUAACGGUUUUGAGGAAUGAAUAGGAGCACGGCAGAUCUCACUGUGCUUUUGAUAUCGUGCCAAAUGAACUUAACAAACUCAAGACCACUUUCCUUUUAGGGAACAAUAACAGGGUGCCUUCACAAGCUCUCCUUUCAGUUUCACUCUUCCCAGUCCUUUUGAGGUUUAAAACGAGCCCCUGUUUUGUAAGAUAAUGUAGUAUUUGAGUGGAAUCGAAAUUAAGCUGUUUUUUUAAUGGCACUCAUCAAUUUGUAUAACAAACUGUCUAUGAAAAGGGAAAUUAAAAAGUGGCUAAAAGCUACUGCCAGAGCUCAGUUAAUCGUAAUCGAUGAGUUUACCAGAAGGCUUUUAAAAAUUAAUAAUAAAUACAAAAGAUGUACAAGAUUGUCUUCACUCACUCCACAAAUAGUGACUUGAUUCACUGUUUUAUGUUAAAAAAGAUGAAAAAACGUUUUGAAUGGAUAUUAACAUGGCCAGUUAUUUAUUGGUUAUCUUUAACCUGACCGAAUCAAUGUUUGCUGUAAUUCUGUCUUUCUCUCUCUUAAGGAAAAUUAAAUGUUUUUUUGACACCUGUAAAA